GAAAAACGGUUAUGCUGGGCGGAAGAGAGAGGGGUUGUUGGUAUUCAGCUACUUGUUUUAGGAACACAGUUAGAGAAAGAGAGAAACACACGCCAAGUACAGCGUCACACUGAUGACGUAGCAUCCCAUUCCUGGUACUUAAAAUGUUGACACGGCGGAGUAACCAAAGUUCCAUUUUUUCGCUUGUUUCAAAACGAAAUAUCUUCUUCUGCCCUUUGUUAAACCCUAGAAAAUAACCAGAAUAAUCCAAUAUGGCUGAUCCGACUCCAUCACUACCAGAUCUCAACAAACCUUCUUCAUCUUCUGAUCCGGUAAGCCAUAAGAAAGAUUUUUCAACUGCUAUUUUAGAACGUAAGAAAUCUCCAAAUCGACUUGUUGUUGAUGAGGCAAUAAAUGAUGAUAACUCUGUGGUGGCGAUGAACCCUGCAACAAUGGAAAAACUUCAGCUUUUUCGUGGAGACACAGUUUUGAUUAAGGGAAAAAAACGUAGAGAUACAGUAUGCAUUGUUCUUGUUGAUGAGCAGUGUGAGGAACCAAAAAUCAGAAUGAAUAAGGUUGUGCGUGCUAAUCUUAGGGUGCGGCUUGGGGAUGUUGUGUCUGUUCAUCAGUGUCCAGAUGUUAAGUAUGGAAAGCGUGUUCACAUCCUUCCCAUUGAUGAUACAAUCGAGGGUGUGACUGGCAACUUAUUUGAUGCAUACCUCAAGCCUUACUUCUUAGAAUCUUAUCGACCUGUACGAAAGGGUGACUUUUUCUUAGUUAGAGGGGGCAUGCGAAGUGUGGAAUUUAAAGUAAUUGAGACAGAACCUGGUGAGUACUGCAUUGUUGCACCAGAUACAGAAAUUUUCUGUGAAGGCGAACCUAUUAAACGAGAAGAUGAGGAGAAAUUAAACGAAGUUGGCUAUGACGAUGUUGGGGGUGUCCGAAAGCAAAUGGCUCAAAUUCGGGAGCUUGUUGAACUACCUUUAAGGCACCCACAACUUUUCAAGUCCAUCGGUGUGAAACCUCCAAAAGGUAUACUGUUGUAUGGUCCACCGGGGUCUGGGAAAACCUUGAUUGCUAGGGCUGUGGCAAAUGAAACUGGUGCGUUUUUCUUUUUGAUAAAUGGACCUGAAAUCAUGUCAAAGUUGGCUGGGGAGAGUGAAUCAAAUCUGAGGAAGGCUUUCGAGGAAGCUGAAAAGAAUGCCCCCUCGAUCAUCUUCAUUGAUGAAAUUGAUAGCAUUGCUCCAAAGAGAGAAAAGACACAUGGUGAAGUGGAGAGGCGUAUUGUGUCUCAGCUACUGACUUUGAUGGAUGGUCUUAAAUCUCGAGCUCAUGUGAUCGUGAUGGGAGCUACCAAUAGGCCAAAUAGCAUUGACCCAGCUCUGAGGCGAUUUGGCAGGUUUGAUCGGGAGAUUGACGUUGGUGUUCCAGAUGAAGUUGGAAGAUUGGAAGUUCUCCGGAUACAUACAAAGAAUAUGAAGCUUGCAGAAGAUGUUGAUCUUGAAAAAGUUUCAAAGGACACCCAUGGGUAUGUCGGUGCUGAUCUUGCUGCGCUUUGCACUGAAGCUGCUCUACAGUGCAUCAGAGAGAAGAUGGAUGUCAUUGAUUUGGAAGAUGAGACCAUUGAUGCUGAGAUCCUUAAUUCCAUGUCUGUUACGAAUGAACACUUCCAAACUGCGCUGGGCACGUCGAAUCCGUCGGCCCUACGUGAAACGGUUGUGGAAGUGCCUAACGUUUCAUGGGAGGAUAUCGGUGGGUUGGAAAAUGUUAAAAGAGAACUUCAGGAGACUGUCCAAUACCCAGUGGAGCAUCCUGAGAAGUUUGAGAAAUUUGGAAUGUCUCCAUCUAAAGGUGUCCUAUUCUAUGGCCCUCCUGGAUGUGGUAAAACACUUCUGGCCAAGGCAAUCGCAAAUGAGUGCCAAGCUAACUUCAUAAGUAUUAAAGGACCUGAGCUGCUUACAAUGUGGUUUGGAGAGAGUGAGGCAAAUGUGCGAGAGAUAUUUGAUAAAGCACGGGGGUCUGCUCCAUGUGUACUUUUCUUUGACGAACUCGAUUCCAUAGCAACUCAGCGUGGGAGUUCACAAGGAGAUGCUGGUGGUGCUGGAGAUAGGGUUUUGAACCAACUUUUGACAGAAAUGGAUGGCAUGACGGCAAAGAAAACAGUUUUCAUCAUUGGGGCUACAAACAGACCAGAUAUUAUUGACCCAGCGCUGCUCAGGCCUGGUCGACUAGACCAGUUGAUUUACAUUCCUCUUCCAGAUGAAGCUUCCCGGCUUCAGAUCUUCAAAGCUUGCUUGCGAAAAUCACCCGUCGCUAGGGAUGUUGAUAUUUCAGCUUUAGCACGUUAUACCCAAGGUUUUAGUGGUGCUGAUAUCACUGAAAUCUGUCAACGGGCCUGCAAAUAUGCAAUCAGAGAAAAUAUUGAAAAGGACAUUGAGAGGGAGAGGAAGAGAAGUGAAAAUCCAGAAGCAAUGGAAGAAGAUGAGAUUGAUGAAGUUCCGGAGAUCAAACCAGCACACUUUGAAGAAUCCAUGAAGUUUGCGCGCCGUAGUGUGAGUGACGCCGACAUUCGGAAGUAUCAGAUGUUUGCACAAACACUUCAACAAUCACGUGGUUUUGGGUCUGAAUUCCGAUUCUCUGAUCGCCCUGAUAAUACCUCAGCAGCAGGCACUGGACCGUCUGAUCCUUUUGCUAUAGCUGCAGCCACCAAUGUGGAUGAUGAUGACCUUUAUAGUUAGAAUCUGAGUUUCCUCAUUCUGAUGCCAUAAUCUUAAUACUAGUGAGUGUAGUUGGAACUUAGAACUUAUUUAUCUUGCUUUCUUGUUUAAAUUCUGUAAGUUCCUAUACAGAGAUCCACUUGUGCAGUCUGUUCUGCUACUGAACGUUUAGGUAUGGAAGAGACCUAAGACCACUCAACUAUCAACUUAACUUUAACUUGUAUAGCAGUUGCCAAAAAUGAACGUCUUAUUUCUCAAUA